ACCACAAGAGCGGAUCUUCACAGCGGUUCUCAAAGAUUGAGGACAGAAUGGUUGGGCAUACAAGUGAAUUAAAUACAAUAAUUAAUCAGCUCAUUGGUCGCCCAUGGAAAGUCAUUUCCAUUCUCGGGAUGGGCGGGAUUGGUAAAACUACUUUAACCAAAAGAGUUUACGAAGAUCCACAAGUCAUAUCCCACUUUGACCUUCGUGCAUGGGCUACUGUCUCUCAAGAAGUUAACCUGAGACAAAUUCUCUGCAACCUUCUUUGGUCCAUUGAGAGAGGAACGAAUACUGACGGAAGCACAGAUGAUCUAGCACACAAACUACGACAGCGUUUGAUGGGUCGUCAAAGGUAUCUGAUUGUGGUGGAUGACGUAUGGGAAACCGGUGUUUGGGAUCAUCUCACAAGAUGUUUUCCUAAAAGUCAGGGAAGUGCAGUAUUGGUGACCUCUCGGCUAAAAGAGAUUGCAGACUACACUAAAUCAGGUGCCAGCAAUCUUAUUCACAACUUGCAUUAUCUUGAUUCUAAAGAAAGUUGGGAUCUAUUUUGCAGUCACAUUAUCUUGAAACAGCCCUUGCACUCUAAGUUCAACACAAUUGGAAGGAAUAUUGUUGGCAAGUGUGGGGGGCUUCCCCUGGCAAUUGUUGUAGCUGCUGGACUUGUAUCCCAAAUCAGCAAAGUUGAAGAAUUGGAAAAUAUUGUGGAAGAAAUGAGCUAUCGUUUUAGUACAGAUAUUGGUGAACAAUGUUCAAGAAUUCUUAUUUACACUUUUGAGCAAAGUAUGAGCAAUAAUUAUUACGCACCAGUGGUUGAAGCCCAGAAGCCACCGGCAUGCUGUAUCUGUUGAUUGAAUGCAGUAAGUACACUCAUGAGCAACUUAAAUAUGUUAUUGGUAUGCACGUUGAGAGGUUACUCAAUAAGCAGCAGCUUUUUGUUUCUUUGUUCCCAAUAUAUACUAUUUCAAUUGAGAGAAGACCAAGCAUUUUCCUUUAU